CAGGCGUGUUCACUGGGAGUUGAUUAGGUCGUGAAUGAGGAAGUUCAUCAGAAACGGUGCUGUAGGAGUAGCUAAAACCCUUAUCGAAAGUGUCAUUUUAAGACGGAAUCUGCCUUCAAACAUGGCUCAAGCGGAUAUUGCUUUGAUUGGUUUGGCUGUGAUGGGCCAGAAUCUGAUCUUGAACAUGAAUGACCAUGGAUUUGUGGUCUGUGCGUACAACAGGACUGUGUCCAAGGUCCAUGACUUUUUACAGAAUGAAGCCAAAGGCACUAAUGUUAUCGGGGCCGAGUCACUCGAAGAUAUGGUUUCUAAACUCAAGAAACCUCGCCGCAUCCUCCUCCUCGUCAAAGCAGGACAGGCUGUCGAUGACUUCAUCGAUAAACUGGUUCCUCUUCUUGAGCCUGGUGACAUCAUCAUUGAUGGUGGAAAUUCAGAGUACAGAGAUACAACAAGACGUUGUAAGAGCCUGAAGGAGAAAAAUCUGCUGUUUGUGGGGAGUGGAGUGAGUGGAGGAGAGGAAGGGGCUCGAUAUGGACCCUCAUUAAUGCCAGGUGGACAAAAGGAGGCCUGGCCAUAUAUUAAAGAUAUUUUUCAGAGUAUUGCUGCCAAAGUUGGCACAGGGGAGCCCUGCUGUGACUGGGUCGGAGAUGAAGGAGCAGGACACUUUGUUAAGAUGGUUCAUAACGGUAUUGAGUAUGGUGACAUGCAGCUGAUCUGUGAGGCCUAUCAUCUGAUGAAGGAUGUGCUGUGUAUGGACCAUGAUGAAAUGGCACAGGCCUUCGAUCAGUGGAAUAAGACAGAGCUGGACUCUUUUCUCAUUGAGAUCACUGCAAAUAUCCUGAAGUUCAAGGACACAGAUGGCUCUCACCUGCUGCCUAAAAUCAGAGACAGUGCGGGGCAGAAAGGCACAGGGAAAUGGACGGCCAUAUCCGCUUUGGAAUACGGCACACCUGUCACAUUGAUCGGGGAGGCUGUCUUUGCCAGAUGUCUCUCAUCUCUGAAGGAUGAAAGGGUUCAGGCCAGUAAGAGCCUCACUGGCCCCCAGGGUGUCAAGUUCACUGGAAACAAAGCACAGUUCCUUGAAGACAUUAGAAAGGCUUUGUACGCCUCAAAGAUAAUUUCAUAUACUCAAGGCUUCAUGCUGCUUCGGCAGGCUGCUAAAGAGUUCGGCUGGUCUCUGAACUAUGGUGCUAUUGCCCUGAUGUGGAGAGGAGGCUGCAUCAUUCGCAGUGUUUUCUUGGGAAAAAUCAAGGAAGCGUUUGACCGGGAUUCAGAGCUGCAGAGUUUGCUGCUGGAUAACUUUUUCAGUAACGCUGUACAGGAGUGUCAGGACUCCUGGCGUAGGGUAGUAAGUACAGGUGUACAGCAGGGAAUCCCCAUGCCAUCUUUCACCACCGCACUGUCAUUCUAUGAUGGCUACAGACACGAGAAGCUCCCAGCCAACCUGCUGCAGGCACAGAGGGACUACUUUGGUGCCCACACUUACGAGCUUCUGUCAAACCCUGGCCAUUUCAUCCACACUAACUGGACUGGCCACGGAGGAAAAGUGUCAUCAUCAUCCUAUAACGCCUAAAACAAGAGUCCUGUUAGACUAAACAGCAGAGAAAACCAUCUCCACAAGAUGCAGGUCCAGAGCAGCUGAACACAUUCCUUCAAAAAUCAUAGUAAAGUUAUUUUUAAAGAGUGUUACAUUUAUAUUUAAAAUGAAUCCUAGUGUGUACUCUGUUUGUGAGACAUUUCUUGUAGUUUUACGGUCCUCUGUCGCAAUACAACAUUUUUGAGAGAGAGUGUUGUUUCUGAGAUUAUUCCUGCUGUUGGCUUGUCUCUCAGUCACGUUUUGCCCCGGAGUUCACAGCAUUAAACCUGGAUUAUGGUUAACCAUUGCACUGCAUUAGGCUAAAUAAAGAUUUCAAUCCCUUUUUAAUUAGAUUUUGUC